ACCAGUGAUCAACGAGCAGACGACGAGGGGCGCUUCGACCGCGAGUUGCCUUUCUUAGUUUUUUUUUCUCUUGCGCGUAGAGAUCAACAAAAUGGUGUGUUUACAUCAAAAACUUUGAAACCACGGAGUAUUUAAAAGAAGUUUACGAUACAAGUUAUUUCCACUGGAAAUAUUUAUAUUAUUGUUUUUGGAUUAAUCCGGACACAAGGCCAAGAUGGCUACCAGACACGCAGAACAACGGAUGUUGCCGGAGAGGGAACACGACAAACACCUCCUGGCUCAUAGACACAAGAUGCAGAGAAUGAAGCCACAGGUUGACACGACCUCCCCACCCACCUACAUGCACCUUGAGCUGAGACAGAAGCAGCUACAGAUGGACCUAGAACGAAAAACGGCGAUAGACAGAGAGAACCAGAUCUUGUUGCAGCGAAUGUCGAACAUCAUGGCGAAAAGCGACGACCAGUUCCACAGGAAGGACCAGCGGAGAAGCAAGAGUCUAAACCUCGAACAACGCCAGAAAGAGCAUGAUCGACUACAGAAGGACAACAUAAAAGUUGCCAAUAGAAUCGAGGACACCAAGCCUAUUUACAGUGUUGACAAAUGGGAAGAAGAUUACAAACACAAGCAGCAACUAAUGGAAUCCUGGAAGAAAACAAAACAAGGUGGUCAGUCCAAAAGAAAUGGAAAGCCAGGGAAAAAAAUGAACCAUACAGACCAGGAAGACUCUGACACAACAGACAGUGAUGAAGAAGAUGCUGAAAGACGAAAGGGAGACAAGCUGCCACCCAUCAAAAGUGCGCAGCCAAACCCAAGAAAAUCCAGCUCACAGCCUGCGACCGCCAGGGGGAGGAGCAGACCUGACACAGCACGCAGUGAUGGGGCUCACACCCCACGGCGCUCCACCCCCGCACAAAGGCCCCCACCUAAAAGUCCAGAGAGAGAUCUGUGGAUGUAUUACGGGAGAAGACCUGAAGGCUCUGAUGAUGAAUCUCCUUACAUGCACCCUAAGGACAGGGAAGAGAAAAGGAAGCAAUCAGAAGGGAAAAAGACAGCAGAUAAACAAGCUGAAAAUGAUGCAAGACAAUUACGUAAAGUGGCCAAGAGAAUGGCUCCACCUCAUGACAUCAUUAUAAGGACUUUGGCCAAGAAAUCAUACAGACACAGAAUGAAAGUGAAGGAAAAAUACAAAGAGCAAUAUGAAACUGAAUUAAGUGAUGAUCUUAAAACAGGUCUUGGCGGAGAAUGGAAUCUUCUUGUUGAUUCCCUGUUAAAUGAUGUUAGCGCUGGGCAUGGAAAAAGCACCAGCAAAAAUCUAAAAGGAGGUGAUGCAGUUGCUUUUGUGAAAAAAGUAACACCACUUUCAAAACAAGAAAUAAGUAGCCUGAAAGAAGACUAUGAAAAAGAAAACUCAACCAGCAUUGAAAGUGAUAUCACAGAGAACUUCAAAAAUCCAACACAACUCUUCCUGCUUACAUUAGUGAAGGGCAACAAGAAGGAGAGAUCCACUAAAGAGGAUGUAGUCAAAGAUGCCAAAGAUCUUUUUGAAGCUGAAGAUAACCCUUGGACCACAAAAAAAGGAAAGUUUAUAAAUCUGGUUGAGGUGAGAACUGUGGCGCAUAUGAAUAAUGUAUUCAACCACUACAAGCAGCUCAACAAGGGGAAACCAGCCACAAAAACUGUUCAGGAGGAGUGUCCCAAGCAAUACGCUGAAGCUGUUUGUGCUUACAUUAACAGCACAGAGUCAGCAGGCACUGAGCAAGCUGACCACCUGCAUAAAAACUUGGACCCAACCAAUCCAGAAUUUGUAAAAACUGUCAUCGCCAAGUCAGAGAAUGACUUGCCAAAAAUCAGAAAAGUUUACAAAAAGAAAUACGGCAAUGAAAUUGCUGAUGACCUAGAGGAGCGUAGCAACCACACCACAGUUGGAGUUCUAAGAGCAAUCAUCACCAAGGAUCCACCCAAACCAAAGAAAGAAAAGAAAGAUGAAAAAAAAGAAAAAUCAAAAGCCAAAAAGGCAAAUAAAUCAGAUGAUGAGAAAUCUUCUGAUGAUGACAAAUCCCACAAAGAAAGUGACAGUGAAGAUGAUAAAAAGAAGAAGGAACAUAAAGACAAAAAUAAGAAGAAAGAGGAUUCUUCUAGUGAUAGCGAUGAUGAUAAAAAGAAAAAAGACCACAAGCAACCAGCCAAAAAAACCAAGGAAGCUGACAAAGAAGUAGUUGUAAAGAAAGAAGAAAAACAGGUUGUUAAAAAGGAUGACAAGAAAAAGGAUGACAAAAAAGAUAGUGAUUCUUCAAGUGAUAGCGAUGAUGAUAAAAAGAAAAAAGAUCAUAAGCAACCAGCAAAAACAACUAAAGAAGCUGACAAAAAAGUAGUUGUAAAGAAAGAAGAAAAACAGGUUGUUAAAAAGGAUGAAAAACAGGUUGUUAAGAAAGAUGAAAAGCAAGUUGUCAAAAAAGAUGAAAAGAAAAAAGAUGACAAAAAAGAUAGUGAUUCUUCUAGUGAUAGCGAUGAUGAUAAAAAGAAAAAAGAUCAUAAGCAACCAGUCAAAACAACUAAAGAAGCUGAGAAAAAAGUAGUUGUAAAGAAAGAAGAAAAACAGGUUGUUAAAAAGGAUGAAAAACAGGUAGUCAAAAAAGAUGAAAAGAAAAAGGAUGACAAAAAAGAUAGUGAUUCUUCUAGUGAUAGCGAUGAUGAUAAAAAGAAAAAAGAUCGUAAGCAACCAGCCAAAACAACUAAAGAAGUUGAGAAAAAAGUAGUUGUAAAGAAAGAAGAAAAACAGGUUGUUAAAAAGGAUGAAAAACAUGUUGUUAAAAAGGAUGAAAAGCAUGUCGUCAAAAAAGAUGACAAAAAAGAUAGUGAUUCUUCUAGUGAUAGCGAUGAUGAUAAAAAGAAAAAAGAUCACAAGCAACCGGCCAAAACAACUAAAGAAGCUGAGAAAAAAGUAGUUGUAAAGAAAGAAGAAAAACAGGUUGUUAAAAAAGAUGAAAAGAAAAAAGAUGAGAAAAAAGAUAUCAAAAAAGAUAAAGACAGUGAUUCUUCUAGUGAUAGCGAUGAUGAUAAAAAGAAAAAAAAUCAUAAGCAACCAACCAAAACAACUAAAGAAGCUGACAAAAAAGUAGUUGUAAAGAAAGAAGAAAAACAGGUUGUUAAAAAGGAUGAAAAACAGGUUGUUAAAAAGGAUGAAAAGCAUGUCGUCAAAAAAGAUGACAAAAAAGAUAGUGAUUCUUCUAGUGAUAGCGAUGAUGAUAAAAAGAAAAAAGAUCAUAAGCAACCAGUCAAAACAACUAAAGAAGCUGAGAAAAAAGUAGUUGUAAAGAAAGAAGAAAAACAGGUUGUUAAAAAGGAUGAAAAACAGGUAGUCAAAAAAGAUGAAAAGAAAAAGGAUGUGAAAAAAGAUAGUGAUUCUUCUAGUGAUAGCGAUGAUGAUAAAAAGAAAAAAGAUCAUAAGCAACCAGCCAAAACAACUAAAGAAGCUGAGAAAAAAGUAGUCGUAAAGAAAGAGGAAAAACAGGUUGUUAAAAAAGAUGAAAAGAAAAAAGAUGAGAAAAAAGAUGUCAAAAAAGAUAAAGACAGUGAUUCUUCAAGUGAUAGCGAUGAUGAUAAAAAGAAAAAAGAUCACAAAGAAACUGCAAACACCAACAAAGAAGCUAAUAAAAAGGAUAAUAAAGCAGAUGAAAAGAAAGAAGUGAAAAAAGAAGAAAAGAAAGAUGAAAAGAAGAAAGAAGAGAAAAAAGAUGAGAAAAAGAAAGAAGAAAAGAAAGAAGAGAAAAAAGAAGAGAAGAACGAUGACAAGAUCAAUGAAAAUGAUGAAGAUGCUGUCAAACUGUACAAAGCCAUGAAAGGACUUGGAACAAAAGAAGAUGUCAUUAUUGAAGUCAUUGUCAGGAACUCUAAUGCCCAGAGGCAGACACUCAAGAAGAGAUAUGAGGAACUUUACAAAAAGGACCUGGUGAAAGACUUGGACUCAGAAUUGAGUGGAAACUUCCGAGAUACAAUCCAGGGCCUAAUGAUGACUCCUGUUAUGUUUGAUGCCUACUCUUUGAACAAGGCUAUGAAAGGUUUGGGUACGGAUGAAGACACACUUGUGGAUAUUAUCUGUGUCAAGUCACCUGCAGAACUGGAAGAAAUCAAGAAAGUUUACAAGACAGAAUACAAGCAGGACCUAGAAGCGAGUGUCAAGAAAGAGACCAGUGGAGAUCUAAAAGACAUCCUCCUACAGAAGCUGGCUGGAGAGAAAGACAAGAAGGGUAAGAAGGACAAAGGCGCUGACCAGAAGGACUCACAAGUGGACAAGAAAAAAGCCGAGGAACAAGCAAAAGUUUUGCACGAGAAACCAAAUGCUGAAGCAGCUAAGGCAAUAUUUAAAGAAAGCCCAGAACAGGUCCAAGCCACUGCAGAUGCAUAUAAAGAGAUGUAUAAUGAAGACAUCACUGUGUCCAUUAAAAAAGCAUGCUCUGGUGAUACAGAAAAUGCCUAUCUUACAAUCUUAAAAUCACAAGGGGAUCAGUCAGAGUUUUAUGCAGAGAGACUGAAUCUUGGGAUGGCAGGUUUUGGUACCAAUGACACUCAACUCACAAGAAUCUUGGUCGCCAGAUCUGAGAUUGAUCUACCUGCCAUUAAAGGUCAUUAUCAAAAACUCACUGGCCAUGCACUCAAGAAAGAUGUUGAAAGCGAGACCAGUGGAGACUACAAGAAAACUCUUGUGAAAAUCCUUGACAAAGUCGGAGAAGAGAAACCCAAAGAGAAGAAACAGGAGCCAAAGAAGGAAAAACCAAGGUCAAAGAGUCCUGAGAAACCAGCUGCUAAGGAAGAGAAGCCUAAAGAUGUCCAAGCUAAAAAUGUGAAGUUCCAGGAAAAAGAAACAAAACAAGUAGAAAAAAAAGAUGAGAAAAAAGAAAUUAAAACAGAAGUGAAAAAAGAAGAAAAGAAGGAAGAGAAAAAAGAGGAAAAGAAAGAGGUAAAGAAAGAAGAGAAGAAAGAAGUGAAAAAAGAAGAAAAGAAAGAAGAGAAAAAAGAUGAGAAAAAGGAAGAAAAGAAAGAAGAGAAAAAGGAAGAGAAGAAAGAAGAUGACAAGAUCAAUGAAAAUGAUGAAGAUGCAGUCAAACUGUACAAAGCCAUGAAAGGACUCGGAACUAAAGAAGAUGUCAUCAUUGAAGUCAUUGUCAGGAACUCUAAUGCUCAGAGGCAGACACUGAAAAAGAGAUACGCUGAACUCUAUAAAAAGCAGGACCUUGUGAAAGAUUUAGAGUCAGAGCUGAGUGGAGAUUUCCAGGAAACAAUUUUGGCUCUGAUGAGGCCCCCAGUAGAGCAAGAUGCCUACACACUGAACAAGGCCAUGAAAGGACUAGGCACUGAUGAGGAUGUUCUCAUUAGCAUCAUUUGCACCAAGUCACCUGCAGAGCUGGAGGAGAUCAAGAAAGUCUUUAAAAAAGAGUACAAGAAAGAUCUUGAUGCUGUGGUAAAGAAAGAGACCAGUGGAGAUUUCCAAGAAAUUCUAAUGCAGCGCCUCAGUGGUAAGAAGGACAAAGGUGGCAAGGAGGACAAGGACAAGGCGGAGAAAGACGCUAAAGCUCUUCAUGAGAACCUGUCAGUCACAAUUGUUAAAGAAAUCUUAAAGGGCAGCCCUGAACAGUUCAAGGCCACUGCUGCAGCACAUAAGGAGCUUUUUGAUGAGGACAUUACUGAAUCCAUAAAGAAAGCCUGUAGUGGGGAUGCCGAGAAUGCCUAUCUUGCUCUUGUGAAAGCCCAAGAUGAGCCUUCAGCCUAUUCUGCUGAGAGUUUGAACAGAGCUAUGAAAGGUCUUGGAACUAAGGACACAUUACUGAUCAGCUUGCUUGUUGCUCAUUCGGAGACUGAUUUAGCAGCUAUCAAAGGCCAUUAUCAACAAAUUUACGGUCACUCUCUCAAAAAAGACGUUGAGAGUGACACCAGUGGGGACUAUAAGAAGACCUUAGUUAAAAUUAUUGACAAAGUUGGAGAAGAGAAGCCACCACCCAAGAAAGAGACACCCAAAAAGGAAAAACCAAAGUCCCAAAGCCCAGACAGAGGAGUGCUUAUAAUGGAGAAGUCAAAAGAUGCCAAGAAAGCAGAAAAGCCCAAAGAUGUCAAAGCUCCGGUAAAGGAAGAAAAGAAAGAGGAAAAGAAAGAAGAGAAAAAGGUAGAGAAAAAGGAAGAAAAGAAAGAAGAGAAAAAAGAAGAAAAGAAGGAAGUUAAGAAAGAGGAGAAGAAAGAAGUGAAAAAAGAAGAAAAGAAGGAAGAAAAGAAAGAAGAAAAGAAGGAAGAAAAGAAAGAUGAAAAGAAGAAAGAAGAGAAAAAAGAUGAGAAAAAGAAAGAAGAAAAGAAAGAAGAGAAGAAAGAAGAUGACAAGAUCAAUGAAAAUGAUGAAGAUGCUGUCAAACUGUACAAAGCCAUGAAAGGACUUGGAACAAAAGAAGAUGUCAUCAUUGAAGUCAUUGUCAGGAACUCUAAUGCCCAGAGGCAGACACUGAAGAAGAGAUAUGAGGAACUUUACAAAAAGGACCUUGUAAAAGAUCUGGACUCUGAACUGAGUGGAGACUUCAAGGAAACCAUCCUGGGUCUAAUGAUGCCACCAGUAGACUAUGAUGCUUACAUCCUCAACAAAGCCAUGAAAGGAUUGGGCACAGAUGAAGCUGUUCUAAACACCAUCAUCUGCAGCAAAACAUCAGCAGAACUGAGUGAAAUCAACAAGGUCUAUAAGAAAGCCUACAAGAAUGACAUUGAAUCUGCCAUCAAGAAAGAAACAAGUGGAGAUUACAAGGAACUUCUCCUUCAGCUGAUUGGUGGCAAGAAAGACAAGGGAGCUAAGCUGGAUCAGGCCAAAGCAGAAGCAGAUGCUAAAGCAUUGCAUGAGAAACCCUCAAAAGAUACAGUGAAAGAAGUCUUUAAAGGAACAUUAGAACAAAUUCAAGCAACGAGUAAAGCUUAUGAUGAGCUGUUCAAUGAGCACAUAUCUGUGUCAAUAAAGAAAGCCAGCAGUGGAGAUGUAGAGGGCGCUUACUUAGCUCUUGUGAAAUCACAAGACAAGUCAGAAUUCUAUGCAGAAAGUCUCAACAACUCCAUGAAAGGUCUUGGAACCAAAGAAACACAGUUAACCAGUGUGAUAGUCAGUAGAUCUGAGACGGAUCUUCCAAAAAUCAAAGGCUUCUAUCAACAACUCUAUGGCCACUCACUGAAGAAAGAUGUGGAAAGUGAAACCAGUGGAGACUACAAGAAAACUCUUGUGAAAAUCCUUGACAAAGUUGGAGAAGAAAAACCACCAGAGAAAAAGAAAGAACCCAAAAAGGAAACAGCCAAGGCACAAGAAAAACCUGCAGCUGUUGUGAAAGAGGAAAAGAAAGAUGUUCAGGCUAAGAAAGAGGUAAAGAAAGAAGAAAAGAAGGAAGAAAAGAAAGAAGAAAAGAAAGAAGUGAAGAAAGAAGAAAAGAAGGAAGAAAAGAAAGAAGUGAAAAAAGAAGAAAAGAAAGAAGAAAAGAAGGAAGUUAAGAAAGAGGAGAAGAAAGAAGUGAAAAAAGAAGAAAAGAAGGAAGAAAAGAAAGAAGAAAAGAAGGAAGAAAAGAAAGAUGAAAAGAAGAAAGAAGAGAAAAAAGAUGAGAAAAAGAAAGAAGAAAAGAAAGAAGAGAAGAAAGAAGAUGACAAGAUCAAUGAAAAUGAUGAAGAUGCAGUCAAACUGUACAAAGCCAUGAAAGGACUUGGAACAAAAGAAGAUGUCAUCAUUGAAGUCAUUGUCAGGAACUCUAAUGCCCAGAGGCAGACACUGAAGAAGAGAUAUGAGGAACUUUACAAAAAGGACCUUGUAAAAGAUCUGGACUCUGAACUGAGUGGAGACUUCAAGGAAACCAUCCUGGGUCUAAUGAUGCCACCAGUAGACUAUGAUGCUUACAUCCUCAACAAAGCCAUGAAAGGAUUGGGCACAGAUGAAGCUGUUCUAAACACCAUCAUCUGCAGCAAAACAUCAGCAGAACUGAGUGAAAUCAACAAGGUCUAUAAGAAAGCCUACAAGAAUGACCUUGAAUCUGCCAUCAAGAAAGAAACAAGUGGAGACUACAAGGAACUUCUCCUUCAGCUGAUUGGUGGCAAGAAAGACAAGGGAGCUAAGCUGGAUCAGGCCAAAGCAGAAGCAAAUGCUAAAGCGUUGCAUGAGAAACCCUCAAAAGAUACUGUAAAAGAAAUCUUUAAAGGAACCUUAGAACAAAUACAAGCCACCAGCAAAGCUCAUGAUGAGCUGUUCAAUGAGCACAUAUCAGUGUCUAUCAAGAAAGCCAGCAGUGGAGAUGUAGAGGGUGCUUACUUAGCCCUUGUGAAAACACAGGACAAACCUGAAUUUUAUGCUGAAAGUUUGAACAACUCCAUGAAAGGUCUUGGAACCAAAGAAACACAAUUAACAAGUAUCAUAGUCAGUAGAUCUGAGUUGGAUCUCCCAAAAAUCAAAGGCUUCUAUCAACAACUCUAUGGCCACUCACUGAAGAAAGAUGUUGAAAGUGAGACCAGUGGAGACUACAAGAAAACUCUUGUGAAAAUCCUUGACAAAGUUGGAGAAGAAAAACCACCAGAGAAAAAGAAAGAACCCAAAAAGGAAACAGCCAAGACACAAGAAAAACCUGCAGCUGUUGUGAAAGAGGAAAAGAAAGAUGUUCAGGCUAAGAAAGAGGUAAAGAAAGAAGAAAAGAAAGAGGAAAAGAUAGAAGAAAAGAAAGAAGAAAAGAAGGAAGUGAAAAAAGAAGAAAAGAAGGAAGAGAAGAAAGAAGUGAAAAAAGAAGAAAAGAAAGAUGAAAAGAAGAAAGAAGAGAAAAAAGAUGAGAAAAAGAAAGAAGAAAAGAAAGAAGAGAAAAAAGAAGAGAAGAAAGAAGAUGACAAGAUCAAUGAAAAUGAUGAAGAUGCAGUCAAACUGUACAAAGCCAUGAAAGGACUUGGAACAAAAGAAGAUGUCAUCAUUGAAGUCAUUGUCAGGAACUCUAAUGCCCAGAGGCAGACACUGAAGAAGAGAUAUGAGGAACUUUACAAAAAGGACCUUGUAAAAGAUCUGGACUCUGAACUGAGUGGAGACUUCAAGGAAACCAUCCUGGGUCUGAUGAUGCCACCAGUAGACUAUGAUGCGUACAUCCUCAACAAAGCCAUGAAAGGAAUGGGCACAGAUGAAGCUGUUCUAAACACCAUCAUCUGCAGCAAAACAUCAGCAGAACUGAGUGAAAUCAACAAGGUCUUUAAGAAAGCCUACAAGAAUGACCUUGAAUCUGCCAUCAAGAAAGAAACAAGUGGAGACUACAAGGAACUUCUCCUUCAGCUGAUUGGUGGCAAGAAAGACAAGGGAGCUAAGCUGGAUCAGGCCAAAGCAGAAGCAGAUGCUAAAGCAUUGCAUGAGAAACCUUCCAAAGAUACAGUUAAGGAAGUAUUCAAGGGAACUCUUGAACAAAUUCAAGCAACUUCUAAAGCACAUGAAGAGCUGUUCAAUGAGCACAUAUCUGUUUCAAUAAAGAAAGCCAGCAGUGGAGAUGUAGAGGGCGCUUACUUGGCACUAGUAAAAGCACAGGACAAACCAGAAUUCUACGCAGAAAGUCUCAACAACUCCAUGAAAGGUUUUGGAACCAAAGAAACACAGUUAACCUGCAUCAUAGUUAGUAGAUCUGAGGUAGAUCUUCCAAAAAUCAAAGGCUUCUAUCAACAACUCUAUGGCCACUCACUGAAGAAAGAUGUUGAAAGUGAAACCAGUGGAGACUACAAGAAAACUCUUGUGAAAAUCCUUGAUAAAGUUGGAGAAGAAAAACCACCAGAGAAAAAGAAAGAACCCAAAAAGGAAACAGCUAAGACACAAGAAAAACCUGUAGCUGUUGUGAAAGAGGAAAAGAAAGAUGUUCAGGCUAAGAAUGAUGUUAAGAAGGAAGAAAAGAAGGAAGAAAAGAAAGAAGAAAAGAAAGAAGAAAAGAAAGAAGAAAAGAAGAAAGAAGAGAAAAAAGAAGAAAAGAAGGAAGAAAAGAAAGAUGAAAAGAAGAAAGAAGAGAAAAAGGAUGAGAAAAAGAAGGAAGAAAAGAAAGAAGAGAAAAAGGAAGAGAAGAAAGAAGAUGACAAGAUCAAUGAAAAUGAUGAAGAUGCAGUCAAACUGUACAAAGCCAUGAAAGGACUUGGAACAAAAGAAGAUGUCAUCAUUGAAGUCAUUGUCAGGAACUCUAAUGCUCAGAGGCAGACACUCAAGAAGAGAUAUGAGGAACUCUAUAAAAAAGACCUUGUAAAAGAUCUGGACUCUGAACUGAGUGGAGACUUCAAGGAAACCAUCCUGGGUCUGAUGAUGCCACCAGUAGACUAUGAUGCUUACAUCCUCAACAAAGCCAUGAAAGGAAUGGGCACAGAUGAAGCUGUUCUAAACACCAUCAUCUGCAGCAAAACAUCAGCAGAACUGAGUGAAAUCAACAAGGUCUAUAAGAAAGCCUACAAGAAUGACCUUGAAUCUGCCAUCAAGAAAGAAACAAGUGGAGACUACAAGGAACUUCUCCUUCAGCUGAUUGGUGGCAAGAAAGACAAGGGAGCUAAGCUGGAUCAGGCCAAAGCAGAAGCAGAUGCUAAAGCAUUGCAUGAAAAACCUUCCAAAGAUACUGUUAAAGAAAUAUUUAAGGGAACUCUUGAACAAAUUCAAGCAACUUCUAAAGCACAUGAGGAGUUGUUUGAUGAACAUAUAUCUGUGUCCAUUAAGAAAGCCAGCAGUGGUGAUGAAGAGGGUGCUUAUUUAGCUCUAGUAAAAGCACAGGACAAACCAGAAUUCUAUGCAGAAAGUCUCAACAACUCCAUGAAAGGUCUUGGAACCAAAGAAACACAGUUAACCUGCAUCAUAGUUAGUAGAUCUGAGGUCGAUCUUCCAAAAAUCAAAGGCUUCUAUCAACAACUGUAUGGCCACUCACUGAAGAAAGAUGUUGAAAGUGAGACCAGUGGAGACUACAAGAAAACUCUUGUGAAAAUCCUGGACAAAGUUGGAGAAGAUAAACCACCAGAGAAAAAGAAAGAACCCAAAAAGGAAACAGCCAAGACACAAGAAAAACCUGCAGCUGUUGUGAAAGAGGAAAAGAAAGAUGUUCAGACCAAGAAAGAGGAAAAGAAAGAAGAAAAGAAAGAGGAAAAGAAGGAAGAGAAAAAGGAAGAAAAGAAAGAUGAAAAGAAGAAAGAAGAGAAAAAAGAAGAAAAGAAGGAAGAAAAGAAAGAAGAAAAGAAAGAAGAGAAAAAGGAUGAAAAGAAAGAUGAAAAGAAGAAAGAAGAGAAAAAAGAUGAAAAGAAAGAAGAGAAAAAAGAAGAGGAGAAAGACGAUGACAAGAUCAAUGAAAAUGAUGAAGAUGCUGUCAAACUGUACAAAGCCAUGAAAGGACUUGGAACAAAAGAAGAUGUCAUCAUUGAAGUCAUUGUCAGGAACUCUAAUGCCCAGAGGCAGACACUGAAGAAGAGAUAUAAUGAACUCUAUAAAAAGGAACUGGUUAAAGACCUGGAUUCUGAACUGAGUGGAGACUUUAAGGAAGUUAUCCUGGGACUAAUGAUGGUUCCAGCCGACCUUGAUGCCUACACAUUAAACAAAUCUAUGAAAGGUCUCGGCUGUGAUGAAAGUUCCCUCAUCACAGUGCUCUGUGCUAAGAAACCUGCAGAGCUGGAAGAGAUAAAAGCAUCUUACAAGAAAGAAUAUAAAAAAGAUUUAGAGUCAGAACUCCAAAAGGAAACCAAAGGGGACUUCAAGGAAAUUUUGCUGCUCCAUGUCAGUGGCAAAAAGGACAAGGACACAAAAGUUGACAAAGCCAAGGCUGAAAAAGAUGCCCAGACCCUACAUGAGCAAAAAACAGCUGCUGUAGUGAAAGAAAUUUUUUCAAAGAACAGCUCCUCUCAGCUGCGAGCUGUUGCUGAUGCCCACAGACAAUUAUUUAAUGAAGACAUAAGUGAAUCCAUCAAGAAGGCAAGUUCAGGGGAUGCUGGGGAGGCUUAUCUGGCAUUAAUAAGAGCCCAACAAAAUGAAGUGGGAUUCUACAGUGAAAGACUUAAUUCAUCAAUGAAGGGAUUUGGAACCAAAGAGACUCAGCUGACUUAUCUACUUGUGUCAAGAUCUGAGGUCGACUUGCCAGUCAUUAAAGGAAAAUACCACAAAGUGUAUGAGCAUCCGCUCAGGAAAGAUGUUGAGAGUGAAACAAGUGGUGACUACAGAAAAACUCUUCUGGCCAUCAUUGAUAAAGUUGGAGAAACAGAGUGCAAAGAUGAAGAAGAGCCAGUAAAGGCCAAAGAAGAAAAGAAGAAAGAGGAAGAAGACACAGAGAUAAAAGAAAAUGAUGAAGAUGCAGUGAAGCUGCAUAAAGCCAUGAAAGGAUUGGGGACAAAGGAAGACAUCAUCAUUGAGGUCAUUGUGAGAAAUUCUAAUGCUGAGAGACAAGUGUUGAAGAAGAGAUAUGAUGAGCUGUAUAAAAAAGAUUUGGUUAAAGAUUUGGAUUCUGAGCUGAGUGGAGAUUUUAAAGAAACAAUACAAGCACUGAUGAUGCCACCAGCAGAUUUGGAUGCACAUUCCCUGAACAAGGCCAUGCAAGGAAUGGGCUGUGAUGAGGCAGUGCUGAUUGACAUCAUAUGCACCAAGUCAGCUGCUGAGCUGGAGGAGAUCAAGAAAGAGUUUAAAAACAAUUACAAAAAAGAUCUGGAGGGUGAGGUCAAGAAAGAGGCCAAAGGUGACCUGAAGGAACUUCUGCUGCAGCUUCUUGCAGGCAAGAGGGAGAAAGGUGCCAAAAAUGAUAAAAAGGCAGAGGAGGAUGCUAAAGCUCUGCAUGAGAAACCCUCAGUGGACAAUUUGAAGAAAAUCUUCAUCAAGAAUAGCCCAGAGCAGAUAGUAGCUACUGCAGCUGCCCAUAAAACAUUGUACAAAGAAAAUAUCACAGAGUCCAUUGAAAAAGCAAGUUCAGGUGACACAGAAAAAGCCUAUUUGGCCAUAGUUAAGGCCAUGGUCAACCAAUCAGGCUACUACGCUGAGAGAUUGAAAGAUGCAAUGAAGGGACUUGGCACAAAGGACACUCAAUUGAUCUGGCUACUGGUGUCCAGGUCGGAGGUGGAUCUCCCAGCCAUCAAGGGGAAAUACCGUAGACUCACUGAGCACCCCCUGCGUCAAGAUGUGGAAAGCGAAACUAGUGGCGACUACCAGAAAACAUUGCUGAAGAUAAUCGACAAGGUGGGCGAGAUAGAGGACACAUCUGAGAAGGAGGAAGAAGAGGAUUCCAAGAAACUGUACAAAGCCAUGCACCGAGUGGGCACAGAUGAGGACACGGUUAUUGAGGUGGUCACUAGAAACUCAAACGCAGACAGACAGAAGUUGAAGAGCCGGUACGAGGAGCUUUAUAAACAGGAUCUGAUGAAAGAUCUGAGAUCUGAGUUAUCAGGUGAUUUUGAGGACACUAUCAUAGCAAUGAUGAUGUCACCAGUUGAAUAUGAUGCCUACUGCCUGCAUGAAGCCAUGAAGGGCCUGAAGACAGACAAGACCACUCUCAUUGGCAUCAUCUGCUCUAAGAAUAAUGAAGAGAUGGCAGCAAUCAAAGAGGUCUACAAGCAAGCCUACAAAAAAGAUUUGGAACUGGAGAUUGUCAUGGACACCAGCGGAGACUUCAGGGAGCUGCUGCUACAGCUGGUCAGUGGUCAAAGAGAGCAGAGUCCAGUGGUCAACAAAAACAAGGCUGAUGAAGAUGCCAAGCUUGUGCAUGAGAAACCCACAGCUGAGACACUGAGGAAGAUUCUUGUUGCCAACAGUAAAGCCCAGGUUCUUGCUACAGCUGAGGCCCACAAGAAGCUCUACAAUGAUGACAUGGUGGACUCUAUAAAGAAGGCAAGCCAUGGUGAUACAGAAGAUGCAUACAUUGCUAUAGUGAAAGCUCUGCAAAGUCAAACAAAUUUCUUCACUGAGAGGGUCAAGGACUCCAUGAAAGGCUUGGGGACCAAUGAGAAACAACUGAUCAGGAUACUGGUUUCAAGAUCGGAGGUGGACUUACCAGACAUAGUUACCAAGUACCAGGAACAGUAUGGACAUCUUUUGAAAACUGAAGUGGAGAGUGAAACCAGUGGAGACUACAGAAAAACUUUACUAAAAAUUAUUGAUGUAUGGGGCACAGCACGUAAAAGUUAACUAGAUUGUGAGAUUUAAUUUACAAGAUAAUUCAUCCUAUGUCUCAAAGUUUUAUUGAUACAAAUUUUACAUCUGAUUUUUAAAAAUCUAAAAUAGGCUUACUUCUUUUUG